CGUAAACAUGGAGAAUGUUUCAAUUUGUGGUGCAAUUCACUCACUAAUAUAAUCUAACCAAACAAAGGCUUUAUAUCUCAUUUUAGAGGGUCCAGUCGUGGUGCAAUACAUGAUAUAUCUAUAUAAAUAUUCCCUUAUAGUUCGCAGGACGACACAGUACAGGAGAGAAGCUAACAGGCCUGUUGGAAAAUUGCAUUUCACAUUCUUCAAUCAACAACAGAAAUACUCAAGGCCAGGAAUAGAGUAACUUAGAAUCCAGAUAUGGCAGGGGCAGAUGUAUCACAGGCUGCAACUUCAGAGAUUGAAGCAUUGAAAAGCUCAUAUGGCCCACAAUGCAAGGUGAUCAGUAACAUUGGAGAUAUUGCUUACAUGGUGACAAUCAAACCAAAGGAGACUGACCUGAGCAUAAAAUUUCAACUCAAUGGGAGCUAUCCAUCUGUUGUGCCUCAGAUCAUCAUUAAAUCAGCCAAGAUGAAUAGAGAUGAGAUUGAAGCACUGAUAGCUGCAAUGACAGAAGAGGCCACUAAACUUCAGGGCAAGAAAAUGAUUACAAGUCUUGUGGACUAUGGGAAACAGUGGUUAUACGAAAAGGCCAUUGAUGUAACUGUCACUGCUGAGCCAACUAAAAAGUCCCCUAAGUCUCAGAAGAAGCAGAAGAAGCCAAAAGUUGAAGUUGAUGAUAUGGGCCCCAAGAAAAAGCCACCGAUGAAGACUGCUACAGAUGUUAUUCAUCGCAUCCAAUGGGAUGAGGAUCUUAAGAAGGACAACUUCAUAAUCGGGUAUAUGGAUCGAAUCAUCGGCCUUGUAGAGAAAGUUUUCACUUUUUUCUCAUGGGAAGACAUCGCAAGCGUUGACUACAACACAUUGGCUAUUCCCAAACAUCGCAUCCAGUACUUCAAAUACAAAUCCCUAAAGGUGUGGGAUAAGAACAAGAGACUUGAUGACGUGUUUGGCUCAACUGGGGGAAAGAAAACUAUCAUUGAAGUAAUGAGGGCAUAUGAUGAAGAGCAUAAAGUUGAUGAUGCUGCUGCAGACUCUGAUGGCUAUGACAGUGAUGAUAGUGAUGAUGGGAUCAACAUACAUGUAGGAGCAAACAUCCAACCACAUGGAGACUACUGGCAAGAUAAACUACGACCAAAUCAUUUUCUUGCGUUACGUAUCACAGAUGAAGAAAUCAGGAAAAAUAUUCUCGAUGUCCAAGAUGCAAUUUUGGAUGUGGAAGAUCGCUAUGCAGAAUGUGUGAUACCAGCGGGGGCCCUACAUGUUACACUAUGUGUUCUAGGGCUCGAUACUCCAGACCAAGUUGGCCAUGCAGUUGAUUUCCUCCAUCACUAUCAUGAGGAAAUUAAAACCAUGGUUGCCAAGGACUUGUCAUUGACUUUCAAAGGAGUAGGAACAUUCUUCGAUAGAGUACUCUACGCAGAACCCAUUCCCAAUCAAGGAUUGAUUAACAUUGUAGAGUAUCUGAAAACGCUCUGCAAAGAAAAUGGAAUUGAUGUUAGAGAUAAUCAUGACUUUGUACCACAUCUAACUAUCAUGAAAGUAACACGUCCUGUUUCUAGGGAACUCGGGACCAAGGAAAUUGAUCCUCAGUUGUACUCUGGGAUGCAUGAUAUUGAAUUUGGCGAACAGAAAUUUGAUACCAUUCAUUUGUGCUCAAUGGCUGAGCAGAGACAAGAGGAUGGCUUCUAUAUUUCCCCUAUAUCUAUUGACAUUGCAUAAGAAGUUAAUAUAAUGUAAAGUAAAACCUGUCUACAUUGAACAACUAUGGAGCCACAAAAAUGUGUUCACUACAGAGAAGCAAUUUAAUACAGAACUCAAUGAAGUAUAUGCUGAGGAGAGGUGUUCACUAGACACAGGUGUUCACUAGAAAGAGGUGUUCACUAAGACAG